GAGGAAUCUUCUGACGAUGAGAAGCCGGCUGCUCCGAAGGCAAAAGCGGCCCCGGCUGCUCCGGCAAAGAAAGAAGAGUCUAGUAGCGAGGAGGAAUCUUCUGAUGAUGAGAAGCCGGCUGCUCCGAAGGCAAAAGCGGCCCCGGCUGCUCCGACUAAGAAGGAAGAAUCUAGUAGUGAAGAAGAAUCUUCUGACGAUGAGAAGCCGGCUGCUCCGAAGGCAAAAGUGGCUCCGGCUGCUCCGGCAAAGAAAGAAGAAUCUAGCAGUGAAGAAGAAUCUUCCGAUGAGAAGCCGGCACCAAAGGCAAAGGCAGCACCUGCUCCAGUAAAGAAGGAAGAAUCUAGUAGCGAGGAAGAGUCUUCUGAUGAAAAGCCGGCACCGAAAGCCAAGGCCGCACCAGCUCCGGCGAAGAAAGAAGAAUCUAGUAGCGAGGAAGAGUCAUCGGAGGACGAAAAGCCGGCCCCGAAGGCAAAAGCGGCACCGGCCCCGGCGAAGAAAGAAGAGAGCAGUGAAGAGGAAUCGUCUGAAGACACGGAGCCGCCCGCGAAGAAGGCAAAGAUCGAGCAACCGGCUGCCGCACCCGCCGCUGCACCAGCAUCCAAAAAAGAGGAGUCGAGCAGCGACGAAGAGUCUUCGAGCGAAGAGGAACAAAAACCGGCCGCCGCGGCAAAGGCUAAGGCCGCCCCGGCUCCGGCAGCCAAGAAGGACGACUCGAGCAGCGACGAAGAGUCUUCUAGCGAGGAGGAAAAGAAGCCCCAGACGACCUCCGCCGUCGCCACAAAAGAGAAGGCCGCUGCGGCGCCCGUGAAAAAGGACGAGGAGUCAUCCAGUGGUGAGUCCGAUUCGGAGGAGGAAGUCGCGGCCGAGCCGCCGGCAAAGAAGCAGAAGAUCGAGGAAAAGAAGGAGGCUGAGUCCAGUUCUGAGGAGAGCAGUUCCGAGGAGGACAAGCCCGCGGCAAAAAAGGCGGCCGAAACAACUCCGGCUGCGGAGGAAAAGGAGGCAGAAGAGGUCGCGGAGCCAGAACACCCCACGAAAAAGCGAAAAAUUGACCUCAGCGUCAAUUCCUCUGCCGCCGAAAAUAACAACUUCAAGGUAGUUAAGUACUAUAAAUGCAGUUUUCAGUAACAAUUCUAAUUCUCGUUGUAGAGCGAAAGCGACCUGCUUUUGCUGCGUCCUUGGAGCCUGAUGCUGCUAUGCAAGAGGAGUUUGAAAUUGGAUGAGAUAUUGAUAAAAUCUGAAGCACAAAUGAAAUUCUGCCACUACACAGGUGUUUGUAGGUGGUUUGCCGUGGUCUGCGGACGAAGAAACCGUCCGGAAGGAUUUCGAGGAAUGCGGUGAGAUUGUCUUCUUCAAGGCACUGAAAAAGGAGGACGGAAGCAUGACGGGCAUUUGCUUUAUCACGUACAAGGAUCAGGAGAGCGUCGACAAGGCCUUGGCGUACGACUUGAUUCAUCUUGUUUCAGUUGAUAAUGAAAGUAGAUGUAGAACGAAGAGGUCCUGAAUUGUAACUGAGGAGUACUUAUCUUCCUGCAUGAAGAAGGUCAGAUAGAGAAACACAACCGUAGUCGUCCCUUCCGCUGCUCAAUAUCGUACUUUCUUGAACCAAUCAAACAGAUUCGAUGGAACCGAGUACGGCGGACGGUAUAUCAAAGUAAACAAGGCGGAAGACAACAGCAGCAAAGGAAAGGGUAAAAAGGGCGGAGACAACGCUCCGCGAACAGCCAAACCGGAAGGAGGUAUUGGGAAACUUUUUUCGGCAUUUAUUUUGCAUGAAUUGAUUGUGUGAUCGUAGCCAUAUGAUAAGCCGCGAAGCCGUGCUGCAUUCGUGACUAGAUAUGAACUUACUGCAGCGGGCGCUGCGCGUGAGCCUGUGACUUCUAGAGGACAUUUUUUGCUGGAAGUUUUUUCGAAACAGCCACAUGCGCCGAUGAAUAAACAUCCCAGUUCUGACUGGCAGUCAAAUUCUCGCAGUUCGCUCCGGCUACAGUGUCCUACUUAAACUUCUAUUUGGAUUUUACAUUGCAAUAUACAUCACUGUCGUACUAUCGAUCCUAGGUCUCACCGUAGUGGUAAAGCGCUUCAGCAAGGAGAUCACCGAAGACGAGAUCAAGGAGCAUUUCAAGGAGUGCGGCGAAGUAUCCGGCUGCCGUAUCUGCCGCGACAAGGAAACCGGAGAGUCCAAGGGUAUUGCAUUUUUGGACUUCGCGGCCACCGAGGGAACCGACGCCGCGGUGAAGCAUAAUCGGACUCCCGGUCUCGGCUCGGCGGAACUCAUCGUGGAUUUCUCUGACACCAUCAGUGCCUCAGCAAAGGGAAAGGGAAAGAAAGGUAAGUAUCUAUUUCGCGAUCAUAUUCAAAAUUAGAGAUUUUUUUUUCCUAUGUUGGUACUAGAGGCAGCACGAGUAAGUACCUGAAAGACGGUAGUGAAUGAAGUAUGACAUCGAGUAGAACAUCGUUCGUCAAGCACAGAAAAUUAUGCCAUUCCUUCCAUACCUUGCAGGGGGUGACGGCAAGAAGGGCAAGAAGGGUGACGGAAAAAAGGGUGACGGAAAGAAGGGCGACGGCAAGAAGGGAGGCAAGGGUAAGGGCAAGAAGGGAAAGAAGUCUGGUCCCGCCGCUGCGGCCUCCGGCGCUAUCGUGGAAGCCACCGGAGCUACGAAAACUUUCGACUCGGACAGUGACUAA